GAUCGUCGGGAAUCGCCGGGGAUCGUCGGGUAUCGUCGGCGUGUUCACUGUUUUGACACGUGUAUUUAUCGUAGAAGUAUCGAGUAUCUCGUGAUCGUUAAAUCGUCGUAUAUUUAAGGUCAUCCUCACUUUUCGCUCGAAGCUGUGUGAUUCAAUGAUAGGUAUGGACACAUCAUAUGAACUAUAAGCGAACACUGUCCUUACCAUCUAUUGUAUCGGUAUUAUAUCGAUAAGUGUGUUGGUUAUUUCUCCACGCGUACAUAAUAAUUGGUUUCAUUAGAGUUUAGAGUAUGUUAGUAGACUGUAAACUCGCACUUUUUAAUCUUUCAUAUAUAUAUUUUUUUGUUAUGGUAGCGUAUGUUUUGUAGUGAUCCGUGCUAUGUAGACAUCGGUAUGCAUUUGUUUUAAGAUGCAUAAAAUGCAUAGAAUAUAAUAAAUAUAAUUGAUACAUAUAAAAACCAAUAUAUAAAUUUACGACAAAAAAUAAGAUUUUUCGAAUAUUUUGUCAAAAAUUACUAGUGAAUACUUAUCAUGUGUGUGUGCGUGCGCGUGCGUGUAUAUAUAAUAUAGAAUAUUUAUUACAUAUAUAUAUUUUUACUAUAUCGUUAUAUUAUAUAUUAUUAUUAUGAUAAUGAUAGUAAUACAAGUAAUAAUAUGAAGUGAAGAAAGGAUUAUUCCUACAAAGAAAACCAUAAAAAAAUAGCGCUGGAACAGAAGCCUCUUUGAUAAUAUGGAAACGAACUCAUGUUUUGAUCUUUAUAAAAGUAGUGUAUAAUAUAUAUGUGUGUGUACUAAUUAUUAUUUUUGAAAAAAUUAUCCACAAAUAUAUAUACUUUAUACACAUUUAUUAUAAACCAAAUUAUACCGCCAUUAUGUUCUAUCUAACACAGAUUACGGUGAAACUCACGUCAACCAUCAAUGAAGGAAAUAAAUAUAAAAGAUUGGAUAGUAACAUCUUACUAAAUUGUCAAAUAAGAAAGAAAAAUACAUUAGUUGAUUGUUUUCAUUUACAUUAAUAUAAUAAAAAAAUCAUCGGAAUCAUUUAGUAUCGAACCUAAGAUUUCUGAAUUUAGAUUUUUUUUUUAUAAAGAUAUAAAUAAUUUUUAUUUAACAACAUACAAUAGUAUAAAAAUCUGUGUAACAAUAAAGUUCUACGAAUAAUUGCAGUCAUGUAGUAUUACGUCAUCAAAAUAACAGUCAUAUAUUACUAUGUAGCUUCUAUUUAGUAGUUAAUCUUCUACUUAAUCUAGUUUUUUGAAAAAAUAUUUAUUUUCUUAACAUGGUAUUUAAUUUUUGUAGCUCGAUAUUCGAAACAUGUUGCAUAGCUUAUAAUAAUAAUAAUAGGGGGACCGGAAACUAACAUCGUAUUUUUACAUUUGAUUUAAACAUAUAAAUUUUUAACUUGUUUUUAUUUUUAAUCAAUGAUGUAAUUACUCUUUUUAUCAAGAACUUUUUGCCAUCUAUUGUGCAAAUUUUCAAUGCUGGAUCAAUAAAAAUCAAUUGGUUUUUUAGCAAAAUAUUUGGAGAUGGCAUUUUGGAUAUCAUCUAAAUUUUUUAAUUUUUUGUCACAUAGAAAGUGUUUUAACAAUUGGAAUUAGAAAUCUGAUAGUGUCAUUGUCUAAAGUUGUUGGUUUUUCUGAUCGAUACGAGUCGGAAAGAUCAAAAUUACCGGAUCUAAACUGAAAGAACUAUCUUUGGUAUUUACGAACGUCUAAUACACUUGGAUAAACAUCGUAAAUGUUUUUGGUAGCAACUGUUGCGUUAUUAUCCUUGUGAAACUCAAAAAGCAUACAAUGCCGGAUAUGUACCUCUUCUGGUAUUUGGUUGGCAAUUUCAUCCAAAAUUGCAAAAAAAAUUUAAGAUUUAAUUAUUUGCAUGUAAACAGGUCACUCUAAUUUUAAAAUGUCUUUGGUAUAAUUUUGAAAUACACAAUGAGCUGACAAAUGAUAAAUAAAUAUUGAUAUGCGCAGAAACGAUAUUACUUUUCGGUCGACCAAUAGUUACAUCUGAGUGUAGAAAAAAUGACGAAAAAAUCUACAGUCGGAAGUUUCUUGUUUGUAUAUAAAUAUAUGGUAUAUAAUGUAGGAAUUUUGAUACUUUAAUCUACUUCAUUGAAUAAAGAGAAUCUAGAUAAAACAAUUUAUAUUUAUUUUUAAAAGGCUAAUUAUGCUUUUUAAUUUUUGUCAAGUUCUUGAUAAGAAUAUUGCGUCCAAGUUGCGAUUUAGAAAAAGAUGUAUAUAACUAAUUGUUUAACAUAGUCAAUACAACAGGGUAGACCCGAUUCUGAAUGUUGUUUUGUGAUUCUAUAUAUAUCUUUUGAUAGGAUCAAUUUGAGAUAUUUAUUUUGGUGAGAUAUCUCCAGUUUAAGAUAUUUAUUCUACCUUCGUAGAAUUUAAAAAUGUGUAGGUGCAGUGCUGCAUCAUAUUGCUGUUGUAUAGCUAAGUAUUAACCUAAUAAUCAUUUAUAUAAUAAAAUUUUGUUUCGGAUUGAUAAUUUUGAGUUUUUUUGUCAGUAGAAAAUAUAUUUUAUUUUUUACUACAUAUGCUUUUUUAAUUAUUUGAUCAAGGUGUGUUUUAUAAGUAAGUUUAGGAUCAAGAUGCACUCCUAAAUAUUUUACAGAAUUGCUGGAUUCUAUGUUAUAUCCACAGAUUUUAAUAGAUUGGAAUAUUUUGGUGUUAUGAAAGUUUCUCUUUGGAAACUAGAACUUCAGUCUUUGUUGCAUUAAGUUAACUUAUAACCUUAGUUAACUUAAUAACCUUAUAAUUUUGUAAUGGUCGUAAUAUAUAGUAAGUUACUGUAUUUGUACUUGUUUGACUGUAACUCGCAUAGAACGAGACAUAAAUCAUAAUAUUAUCAGCAAAGCAUGCAAUUUUAAUUUUAGAAAGGUAGAUAAGAAAGGAAAAUAAUAUGAAGAAGAGAUGGUGAUGGAUAAAGGAGGAAAGGAGGGAUUUGGAAAAAAGAUGAAACCUUUCUUGACCAGAUAGAUAAAUGUUUCUGAGGAUAAUUUUUUUUUAAUACUUUGUGUGCUACUAAGCAUUAUAAAAUCCAAUGGUACUAUCGAUUUCAAUUGUGGCUACACCCAAAAAUUAAAAUCAGAUGUUAAUUAUUAUGUGUAUAAUCCUGAUUUUCCUAAUUAUUACAUGGGAGAACAUAAUUGUCGGUGGAGUGCUAGGAGCAAUACUCGAAUUAAAUUGAAUUGCACAGUUUUCGAUGUUCCUCCGAGUUCGAAUUGUUCAUUGGAUUUUAUGAAAGUCAAAGUCGACGAUGACAUCGAGUACGUUUUCUGUGGAUUAAAUUCUUUUGCAGUGGAAUCAAUAGCAUCGAAAAUGACUAUAAAAUUCCAUUCAAGAUACAAUACUUAUGGAGGCAAAUUUCGAUGUAAUCUCAGAUCAGUCAAAGAGAAAUGUAGAUGUGGUUGGAAGAAUCCGUCGAGAAUCGUAGGCGGUGUUGAAACAGGAGUGAAUGAAUAUCCUAUGAUGGCUGGUAUAAUACAUCUUGCAACGCGUUUUCUCUAUUGCGGUGCAACUAUAAUAACUCCGCAACAUGUAUUAACGGCUGCUCAUUGCGUUGCGAGGUAUAAAAGGAUUUUAUAUAUUCUAGGAGUUGUUGUUGGAGAACAUAAUACAUGGGCAAUUAACGAUACAAAGGCAACUCAACUUUAUCUUAUUGAUGAUAUAAUCGUACAUCCGAAUUAUAGGCCAAAAUUAAACGAUUUAGCUGUUAUAAAAUUGCAGAAGAGGUUAAAAUAUUCUAUGAGAAUUGGUCCAGCUUGUCUUCCGUUCUAUUACAUGCAGCGAAACUUUGUAGACACUGUUGUUACAGCUGUAGGAUGGGGUCUUACGAAUUUUUAUGGUGUCAAGUCUGAAGUUUUGAGAAAAGUCGAUUUGCAUGUAGUUUCAAUGAAGAAAUGCGUCAAGUAUCACUUUUUGGCUACACCUAAGCAACUUUGUACAUUUGAUACAGGAAAGGAUGCUUGUCUGUUCGACAGUGGUGGUCCAAUUUUAUGGCAAAAUCCAAGAAGUAAUCGUAUUUUCCUUCUUGGAGUCAUCAAUUAUGGUAGAACAUGUGCCGAUGCAGCUCCUGGUGUUAAUUUGAGAGUCACUAGUUAUUUGGAUUUUAUUAGAAGGUCUACACCUGGAGAAACAUACUGUCAGACGUAUUAAAGAAGAAACGGAUCAGAUAUAUAUUAUAUAAGAAGACAAAGUUUCAAUGACAAAUAUGUUUUUUUAUUUAAGUAUUAAGUAAAUAUCUUAACACGGAAUGUAAAAUGGAUUUAUUUGUGACGAUCGUACGAGUAUAAUCUGCAUUGCGCUUAAUAAUCUCGGUCAUCUGUUUAAGGAUCCGAGAUAUAAUAGAGUUUGAAAACUGCACGAUAGAAUGUAACACUUACUCUACUUACAAGUGGAAAUUGAACAUUAAUUCAAAUCAAAGUGCUUAAUAUGAAAUUUACAAUCUUCACUUCUAAAUAAAUUUAAAAAACCCUGUGAUUGAUCAAGAAAGAUUUAAUUCAUUGCUCGGAUGAUUUUGAUCUUAACUGUGAUUGUAUAUCUUUAUGAUUCUAUUUUUUCAAUAUCUACAUUAUAUAUAAGAUAAUAAUUCUUGGCAUUCGAGGAAUUUUUCGCUCGGAUAAACUAGCAACUCGAGACGAUUUUGCUUAUAUUAGGCAUUUAAAAUUUGUAUAAGUAUUUUAAAAUGAUUUAUAUUAAAACAAACGUAUACAAAUUUCAAUAAUUCAUUUAUUUCAACGUUUUACAAAACAAAAUCUAUUAAAUAUUACAUUCUGUAAUAGUUUUUUUUUUGUAUGAUAUUUCACAAAACAAUUCCCGAGAUGCAUCCUCAGUUUGUCAUGGCAUGUAUCACAAUAAUUUGAGAUUUUACGUCUAUAGCCAGGCUUAUUUCGAUCAGAGCAGACCUUGCAAUCUUUCUUUACUCUUUUCAGGAUGGAGUUUACUUUCGAACGUUGUUGUGUAUGCAUCGUUUUCUAGCAGAUUAUAUUCAGUGUUAACUAUUAGCAAUUAUAAGUUUACACGAACCUAUAGUUUUCUUCUUAUUUGGAUGUCUGCGUAUUCUCUAACAACUUGUUCUAGUGAGUGAUAAAAAAAUUUGCCGUUACGGCAAG